AUCACAAAUAUUAGAUACGAUUCAUAUGUUUAAUUGUGGAUAAUUUCAUAUCAGCAAUAGUACUUGAUAAAUAAUUAAGCACACAGGUGUCUAAGUUCCUUCAGUUCUUUAUCUAUUUAUAAGUGUAUUUCAUUUAUAAUUUGAAAUCAUAAGAGUAAUGUUUUGAAGUUGAUUGCAUAAUUAAUUACUAAACAUACAGAACUUGUAAAAUUUUCAGGGAUUCCAUGAGAAUUCUUAUAAAAAAUAAUAAAAUUCGCUACGAUAUUUUUAACAAAAUUCCAAUAAUAAUAAUAAAUAAAUAAAUUACUCUUUAAAUGAAAUGUAUCCUAAUUUAAAAGAAAUCGUUAGAAACAGACAAACAACCACUGAUCCUCAACUCCUGUGGAUUCAACUGAUUUUGUAAUAAACAACCAACAAAAAAUCUUAGUACUUUCAGGGUCGAAAUUAUUAUCAUCCAUCCGACUAAUCUAAAAAACAUUAGCCAAAACAUAAUGAUGUUAUAAUAAAACAUCAUAUAUAUAUAGAUUAUUCGGAUAAGUAUCAUCAGUGUUGAUACUGAAGAUGAAUAUGAUUUAUGUAUUGUUGUGCGUGUGUUUUGCGGGGGCUGCUUUUGGAUCCGAAGCAGAUGUAAAAGCAUGGUUCUUGGAAAAGGCGAUUGAGUGCAGUCAGAAACAUGCGGUCAACAGUGAAGAGAUGAAAAUGCUCAGCAACCAUAAAUUCCCAGAGAGCGAUACCUCUAAGUGUCUUUUGGCGUGUGUCUUCAAAAAAGCUGAAUGGAUUGAUGAAAAUGGCAUGUUCAAUGAAGACAAUGCUUACAAACUAUCAUUAAAAGAGUAUCCAGAUGAUAAAGAAAAACUAGCAAAUGCUAAGAAACUAUUUGGAUUGUGCAAGACAGUCAACGAUGCAAAUGUCGGAGACGGUAACAAAGGGUGUGAACGAGCUUCACUACUUGCUUCAUGUUUAGUCAAAAACGCCGGACAGAGCGGAUUUCUUAUUCAGUAACAAGAUUUAACUGUUUAAAUAAAAUAAUCAUUGUAA